UUCAAUUUUAGAAAUAAACUUGUUGCGACUUGACUUUUACUACUGUUUUGUAUGAACACAAAAGUGUAUUUUUACGGAUUUUAAUUAACAUUUACGAUAUUCUAUGCUUAUAUAACGUGUAAAUAAUAAAAUCAAAACGUCUUAUUGAUGACAGCAAUUGAUUUUUCCUCAAUUUAGCUAUGAAAAGUGUUUUUGACUGAUUGUUUAUUUACAAGUUAGUUAUUUGAUAUUAUAUUCAUCAAACUAAAAUGAACAAAGAAAAUAAUAGAGGCGCAGCUGGCCUGCGCCGCUCUGCAGUAGCUGAAAGGAUAAGGCUCAGAGAGGAAUGGUCAGCAUUAAAGGAAGUAGACACUGCAACUACUUCGAGACAGCCUGACAGUGUACAGAAGAAACCUAAUAAUACUCGUCAUACUCCCAGCGUUUCCACCAGGAAGAAACAACCGGUUAAAUCUAGUCAGAAAAAGGGAAAUCCAAAAUCACAGCAAGCAUCAUGUGAUGCACUGCAAGGUGUGGUAGCUAUGGUGGAUGUAGGAGCAGAGAACAAGGCUCUGCCACUGCGAUGUGCACUUGCAGCCCUCGGUGCUACCGUUGUGGUGGAGUGGAACCCACUCGUUACUCAUUUGGUGUGGACUGACAGUGGUUGCCGAGCGACCCGCGCCAAGGCCCGCGCGCUGGCCUGCAAGCUGGUGUCCCCGCUGUGGGUGGAGGCCUGCGCAGCCUCCAACAAGAAGCUCAGCGAGAGAACAUUCCCGGCCGCGUCACGACAGUCUGAUCUACCGUCUCCGAGGACUUUGAGACAACUGCUGAAAAAAGCCGAGAUGGAGAAUGUGACGCUCGCAGCAUUACUGGACGACAGCAAGGAGGAGGACAGGGAGGGCCGCCCUCGACUGAGGAUCUCCUCCGGCACUGACACCACCAUGGACAGCUCAAGGGAAACUAUUGAUCUAGAGUCCCGAGUGAACACGGGCCCCCGCGGGGCCACAGUGUCGCCCCCUACACGGGCACCUCCCAAACGGGCGCCCCCCAAGUCGCGGCGGAAAUUAUUCACACAUAAAGAGGCUGAGGAAUUUGGCAGUACUGAUGAUGAAGCAGAAACACAAACAAAAAACAAAUUAAACCAAAGCAAGCUAACGCAACGCGAGCGCCGCGACCUCGCGCGAGCCGAACGUAUGGCGAAGAAACUACUCGCAGCGUGCAACACGCAACACAACCGCGCCGUUACUGCUACACAGACCGGGUUGCAGCCUAAGAUUGUACUAACAGGCAUGACUCGGGCCGAGCGCCACGCCGUAACGAAAGCGAUACAGCAACUCGGCGGCGUCAUACAGAGCAACGUCACCAAGCGGACGAGCCACGUGUUGCUCGGCUCCUGCGGCGUGGCGCGUUGCAGCAACCAUCCCGCGAACAUCUCCGGGGUUACAGAACUGUGCGACCUCAGUAAGACUACGUGUUGGACGGACGUAACAGACAAGCGAGCGCGAACGUGCAACGCGUUGCAGGGCGCGGCGCGCGGCUGCAGGGUGCUACACGCGCGCUGGGCCGUGCACUCCGCCGCCCGGGGACACUGGCUGCAUCAUCACGAUUAUGAAGUACUGCAUCUCAAGAAGAUUAGUCAGAAAGCGCGAGUAGAACGCACAGCCCUCGGCAAACUACGGUCAGAAUAUGCAUACGACGUUUUCUACGGUAUGAAAGUACAUUUAAAGCCAAACGCUGAACAACGGGACGCGGCUUUAAAACUACUCACACUGUGUGGCGCUGCUGUCGACAAUAGUCCCGCAGACAACCCUGAUAUACAAGCAAAGGAAACUAGACUUAAUAACAUACCUACACAAGGUAGUGUUUUGCAUACCCAGGCUCACAAUGCCAAGUCUCGCAAUGCUAUUAUAGAGGAUCAGAAUGCCAAUAGUGAGGCUCAGAAUGCCAAUAUGCAGUCUCAUAAUGCCAAUAUCGAGGCUCAAAUUGCCAAUAUGCAGUCUCAGAAUGCCAAUAUGCGUGAUAGAGUUAAUAAUAGUAAUAAUUAUGAUGUAGUUAUUGGCAGUAGUGUUGGUGACGUGAAUUCUAAAUGGGUGUUUGAUAGCGUAGCGGCCGCUCGGAUGCGGACUACUAGGAGAUAUAUCAAUAUGAAUAGUUUUACUCAAUGUGAUAAUGGUGGUGAUAGAUAGUCAUAUUAUGGAAGUAUAAUUAUUAUGAUCUUAACUCAUAAAAUCGCCGAUCUUUAGCCAAUAUAGUAAAGUAAUAACAAUAUGUUGCUUGAAGAUUUUAUGUGUUCAAUGUAUGUUAUAAAGUUAUAUUAUCUUAAAAUUCGAUCAAAAGAGAACAAUGAUCGUUGAACAAAUGCCUAGGUAAAGAAACAACAUAGAUAGAAAAAGAAAAACCAUUUAUAAUGUCACGACACACAACUGGCCGAGAACACAGGUAUACAAUAAAGUUAUAUGAAAGAAGGCAAAAGGCUGGUGCUGGCUCAGCUUAAUGCCGUGGCUCGGGUACGCAGGUUCAAA